GAUCUUUUUUUUUCUCUCCCUUCUUUUUUUCGUUUCUCCCCUCCCCCCCCCAAAAAAGAAAUUUCUUUUCAUUCAUUGGAAGAAUAACCUCUUACCACGAUCUCGCGUCUCGCUUGGCGUCGGGACCUGUUGCAGGAAUGGUUGCAUUGCUGUCGUUGUUACGGUCGGAUUGUAAGCAGCAGCAGUCACAGCCACAACAGCAGCAGCAGCAACAACAGCAGCAGCAACACGCCAGCAAGAAGACUCGGCCUUCGUCAUCGAGCACGUCGACCACCACAACGACGAGAGGCGGUAUCGUUCUAGCGAGCAGACGCGUGAGCAACACUUGGGACAGUAACAGCUACGACAGUGGAAACGAUAAUGGCGGUGGCGCACGCGCGUCCACGCGCGAGGUCGUAUUUCCCGACUCGUUCGAGGUGUUGCCCCAACCUUGCGAUCUGAGCGUUGUUUACAUGGGCGUGCCGCACGAGCAGCAACGAAAGUUCAGGUGUCAAUUUUGCGGGAAAGGUUAUAGGUGGAAGAGCACGAUGCGCCGCCAUGAGAUGGUCGAGUGCGGCGGGAAACCGCCUGCCUUUCAGUGCCCCAUGUGCCCGUACAAGGCGAGGCAACGCGGCAAUUUGACCGUGCAUUACAAACGGCAUCAUCAAAAGAUCGAGUACGACGAGGCCGCCUAAUUUUCUUGGCGCACGGAUAAUUAAUUUUUGCGCUUGGCCGAUGCUCCUCCUUGGAAAAAUUAUUUCGCAACGCAGAUAUCUAAAGAUAAUCGAUAAUCUUUAUGCUUGCGUGUGGUUUUUAAUCGUAACAGUCGUAUGACGGGUCAUACGUGAUACGACUGUCAGAUUUCGCCCUUCUUUACCGAUAGAUUUUAUUGCGCUAUGUAAAAUUGGGGAUUAUCAUCGGAGGAGAUGCUUAAGCGACGUUUUUGAGUAAUGCAGGGUGAUUCGAAAUCAAUCUUUAAGAACAUUCUCGAUGAUAAGCCUACGUUUGUAGCUUUCAUUGGCCUUCAGGUAUAAAGAAAAGGAGUUAUCGAAAAUAAUUUUGCCUAAAUACCGCGAUGUUAAUAAUCCUGUUUCUAACAGAAGAAAGUUAAAUUGAAUGAUCUCUGGUCCGCUAGAAAUUGGUACGAUAUUUAUAACAGUUCGCGAACGUUAACAUCUACAUGCAAAUAUGAAAUUGUCAAUUAUUUAAACUUUAGAUGCUACUUUUUGAGUUCACUGACGAGAGAAUCAUCUUAUAUAUAUAUAUAUUUUUUUUGUGUGUAAACGAUUCCGUCUAUUAUUCCCUUUCAUCUGACUUAUCGUGUCUUAAUUUUUUUUUUUUUCCGUUUCUUUUUCUUUUUCUUUUUCUCAGAUGCUGUACAUAGCGUACGUAAAAGGAAUCGUUUGAUCUUUUUUUUUUUCUCGAGUUUGUUACCUCAAUACCGCGAAUUUAACACGUAUCUCGACAAUCUCUGUACAUAA